UCAAAGCCAAAAUUAACACUGGGCGUUCACAAAGUAAAAUGCAGUAUGGAUCGCAACCUGAAGCAGGAAGCCUUGCCGAACGCCAUUUCCGGGCAUGAAUCCAGAAACUGGACGGCAUUGCACGAUGCGGUUGCUGCCGGCGAUGAUCGACGAGUGCAAAUCCUGCUGUCCAGCAAUGCUGAUCGCCUGGCCAAGGAGUCCAGUCAGGGAAACACACCAUUGCAUGAGGCAGCUAGUCGGGGACUUAGUCGCUGCGUCAAAUUGAUCUGUGCACCGCCGUCCACAAAGACGCAGCCCAAGGACAAGAGCAGGCUAAAGGCGAGAGUGGCGAACACGAUUGAAGCCCUGCACAAUGGAAGCCUGAGUAUCAUCAACAACGAGGGUCUCUCCGCACUCCAUUUGGCUGCACAGAAUGGCCACAACCAAAGCUCUAGGGAACUGCUGAUGGCUGGGGCGGAUCCAGAUGUUCAAAAUAAGUAUGGUGACACAGCGCUGCACACGGCGUGCCGUUAUGGCCAUGCGGGAGUAACUCGCAUUCUCCUUUCGGCCUUGUGUGAUCCCAACAAGACGAAUCUGAACGGAGACACCGCCUUGCACAUCACCUGCGCCAUGGGCAGACGUAAGCUGACGCGGAUUCUGCUCGAGGCGGACGCACGUCUGAGUGUGAAGAACGCACAAGGCGAGACGCCUCAAAGCAUUGCAAUCAGAAAGAAUUAUCGGGAAAUAAACGAGAUCCUUAACGCUCCGAAACGUAUACGUAAUCGCAGGGAAAAGCCCAAGGAAAAUGACAAGUCGGCGCCAGCACAGGAGAAAGAUAGAGAUUGUGUGGAUAAGACGAUAAAUUGGUCGCCUUAUGGAUGCCAUUACUUUCCCGAUCCCCGAUCAUUUCCAUCGCCCAAGCUGGAGACCCUACCCAAAGAGCCCUUAAAGCAAGGCGAACAAUACUUCCUCGACCUCGCCGGUCACAUCCACAAGGGACCUGUCAGCGUUGGCAACACCUGCUAUUGUGGUCCCUUCUUCCGGCACAUAGAAAACAAGUUGAAUUGCAACCGGAAGAGCUUGAAGAAGUAUGUGCACAAGACAAAGGAGCGUCUGGGCCACAAGGUGCAGGCACUGGCAAUAAAGACAAAUGACCAAAUCGAGCAGCUGACUCGCACCAUGAUCGAGGAUCGGAUACGAUGCGAGAGUAAGCGUCAGUAUCUGAACGAGUAUCUGCGUCGUGGGGAGCCUAUGCGUUCCACAGUCGACAUUCAACCCAAGUGUCAAAGGAUACAGCGUACGUUGUCUCGGUGUCGAAGCUUGGACUUGCUGGAGAGCAGCCAUGAUGACAACAGGAUGUCCAACUCAAAGAGCGUUGAGGUUCUCGAGCAGAACAACCAAGCCGUAGUUACUGCCGUUUAUCACUCCCAUGCCAACGACGUAGCAGAAGAGAGCGACACUAAUGAGGAUACACAUUCCAAUUCGAGUACAGAAGUACCAGGGAACUGCAGUGAUGCCAUGACCCAAAACUUACCGAUGGCUCAAGAGGAAUUAAAGAAGUCGAAAUUGAAUGAACUUAAGCUGGAUUUUCUAAAAGUGUCGGAGCGACUGGGAGAUCUCUUAGAGAAAACCUCGUUGAUCAUGGAGAGAGAAAAUGAACAAGAGAACAAGCUGCAGCUCUGCUCGCUGUCACCAGAACAAAGUGAUCCAUCAACUUACAGUCCGGGGAAUCAAUGCAAUUUACUAGAGAAUAAGGAGAGUCCCAAUAGUCCAAACUACGAUGAGUACACACAUGUGCAGCGACGCUAUCCCAACUCAAGUGAAACUUCGAAUCCCUCACAGAACUCAAACAGUUGGGAAUUUGAAAUGUCUCCUCGAGAUAAUCAAAAGUAUUACCAUUGUAUGGGCGGAGGGGACAAUAUGCUGAAUACCGUGAUUAAAGCACUGCGCAAGGAUGCGUCCUUCACGGAUCUCAACAAAGACGAUGUGGCUCUCAAUGAGAACGCGGACAGAAUGUGCGGCGAUAAGCUACUGUAUAAGGCACAAGCCCAUGGGACGCCAUCUCCAUCUCCAUCUUGCAGCACAGAUGUUGUCUACCAUGCGCAGCAGCGCAUGUCCAAUCUUCUGAAGCGACAGGCACUUUGCUUGGAUGAAAACUUUACAGCGAACUCAACGCUAUAUUAUACUAAUCCCAUUGGCAUAGCUCCUGGUGACAUGGCGAGACACUCAGAAGGAGUGCAGGCUAGGAGGCAAAGCUCAAAUGAUGCUCCAUCAAAGGUUGAAAUCAGAAAUAGCGAAAUCAAGUAUCUUAAAAAACCCAUUUCUGGGCAGGUUAAAGACAUGGUAGCUCAGUUGCAGGGUAAAAUAGACUCCAACCUGCAAUCGCCUCAUGAUAUCCCUCUAAGCUCUGCUCUGCAGCAUCCGAAUGGAAUGAGUCCACGCUUGAAUAACAGCUUACACCAGCAUAGUACUUCGGGUAAUGAAAACACUGCACUUCCUUUACACAAUCCUUCACUACUGUAUGCAGCCCAUGUAAGGAACAGUCACCAGUUUGGAGUAGCCGAGCGGCAAGUACCGAAAGAUGCAUAUUUUCACGAUCUCCCAAAUCGAUCGCGGAAUCUUCAAAGAAGUCAACCAACUUAUUCAGGAGAUUUGGUAAAUGCUCGGCUACUCAGAGGCUUAACAGGACAGCAAGUGCCUUAUGGUCCCAGUGCUACGCAUACUCUUCGUUUUCAUCAAUCGCAUGAUCAUAUACACGUACCGAGAGAAUACAUGAACCAAUCUUCCAACUUGGCAAAUGGCAAUCAGUCUCCUCAUUUGCAUGCUAGUGCUCAGGUGCAAGGUGCACACUCUUUAAGACCGCAUCCUCCCAUGAUCUUUCGCAAUCAGAUGCCUCCUGAUGUUCUUAACAAUGAUGUUGAUACAGAUGUUGAUGAAAUCGCCGCUGUAGGAUUAUACAAUAACGUGUCAAGCCUUGUUUGAAAUGAAUAAAACAAGGUUUAGGAUAAAAACGUGGAGUCUUGGAAGCCACAAAAAUUUGUAAAUAGUUCUCAAAAUGUAUUUAUCAUAAUUAAACAAUGUUAUGUUGUUGCGAUAUACUAGAUAUUUUCCAAAUAAUUAACUGGACGUUUAGGCGGAUUGCAGCAAAUAUUAAGAAAUUAUAUAUAGGCCAAUUCGCCAUUUGGCGACAUCAGUUUGGCACCAUUUGACCAUUUCGUCUGAAAAGAUACGUGUGUACUUAGACAUUAGGUAGUUUUGUAAAUCUUAAACUAUAAGUAACUAUUUACGUAUAGAAUAAUUAAUUAUUGAAUUAAAAUAUAUAUUUUCUUUAAAAAAUUUUAAAUAUAAUAGUAUUUAAUGUAUGUGUAAAUAUCAGAAUGUCAAGUACAUAUUUAUUUGAUAACAGAUCGUUUUGGUGUUUUGAUAGACAUGCGGCUUUCGACAUUGUACAAAUAUAAAUAAAAACAUGGAAAAAAUAUAAAUGGUU